GAAGAAGGCUAUCUUGGUUCCUAGAUCGUUGGAUCCCGCCGAGACUUGCCAACCACUACGACUCUCUGUCACCUGUAGGGAAUGCCGGCUCCGCAUGUUAUCCAAUCCGAUUGGACUGUCCAGCCUACCUGACUUAUUUUCUUCUUCGUCUCUUUCGACCCGGGCCCAAGUUUGCUUCUUGCUUACCUAGUAUUUACCUUACCUUGCCGAUAAGUUGGUGUUUGCAUCUCUCUCAGCUAAUCCGGGACAGGGGGUACUCAACCUCGCCCUACCGAACAAAGGUCUAGGAACAAUUUACCUGUUCAUCGACCCUUUCGAUCUUCACUCUCGCAGUGUCAAACCUCCGCAGACCACAGAAGGACGCACGUUGCCUCCCAAGUCUCAUGGAAGUGGAGGGCCCUGCGGCAACGACUGUUGAUCGUCCACACACCUUGAUACUCGCUUGUCUCACCUGUGCUCGGCCUCUUGAUGAGGGAAGCCCACCAUUCCUGCCCCUGUGCUAUCGCCAUUCCAGCCCGGCAAAGGCCAGGAGCCUGGGACCCCGAACCUAAUUGCCUGCCCACCUACCUAUGCAAACCCUCGCCCAAGAUCUCGCCUGAUCUCCCUACCACAUUAAUUUUUCCCGAUGCUUGAGUUGCAGGCCAAGAUGUUCUUGCAGCUUCACAGAGUUAUCAGGUGUUCUAGGUAACCGGCCAGUAACUGCAAAGCUGUAUGUAUGUACGCUAACCGCUCCCCCCAGCUAUUCCUCUUUGGUCGCCCUGGAUUAUACCACCCUGUUUGGCUUCAGAAACCUAGCUUAUCUCUUGCAGCAAGGCCACUUGUCGGCCCUCUUGUCUCGCUGUGCAGACGCUGUUGGCGAUCACUCCAUCCCUCAUGGGCAGUGGGACAUUUCUCCGCACGGACGGGCGAGUCCCUCAAGGUACAUUUCUCAGGUACUUUGAUGGCGAGCAGGAGAUCUACGACAUUUUCCUCUCGGCCAUUUGGGAGUCGCACAGGAAUGUGCCACACGCGAGUCUCCUUUCCCUUGCCCCUUAUAUUGGUUAAGCUAUUCCUACUUUGACAGAUGGGUUGUCCAUCGGUUGUCCAAGGGGUCCCACCCGUCUUUCCUGACGAUCCUCGCUCUUGUUCCUGUAUAUCUAUCCAGCAGCCCUCAUUCCUGUGCUUCAGGGCGAGAGAGGUCUAUUUGGUCUUCAACCCCUUUGGUCCUCUUCGCUUCUUCCCUUCACUCGUUGCUGCCAAUCCCCUCUUCCUACGCGCCGGUGAAGGCAAAUAUGGAGUUCCACACAGGGCAUCCGCUGUAUGCUGUCCCUCUCGGGUUGGAGGACGACGACAUGUUUAGCCCUAGCGGAUCCAGCUUUUCCCUUUCGUCUUCCAGCUACGGCCCUCACACACCGACCUCUGGCCGGUCCACUCCUCCACGACACUCGUUUGACUAUGCCUCCUCGUUUAGCUCGUCGAUCGACGGCCACUCCAUUGAGCUCACUCCUCCGUCUUCAGCAUCCAACUCGUACUUUCCAUUCGCCUUCAAGGGUGAUGGCAUAUCCAACUUUAGCCAGCCAGGCUUCCCCCUUACUCCUUCGCGUGGCAGCCAGCUGAGCUUCGGAAGCUUUUCCCACAACGGAUAUGACAGUGUUCAACUAUCCCCUUCUCAACACGUCGAGUACUAUUGCGGGGACAACCUCUUCCAGCCACCACCCGCGGUGGUGAGUCCCCAGCAGCAGCUGCCUUCGAGCAACGGGCUGGAGAACUGGCGCUGGCCACAGGACAGCCACAGUCCGAUCAGCUUUGGGGAGCACACGCCAAAGAGGCCGAGCUUGAUGGUUCGGCACCCGCCGCUCAAGUUUGAGGACGAGGGGGAGGAUAUCGACAUGAGGAAUAAGUAUCUGAAGGACAGCCUGUCUGUUGAGCCCUCGGCUGUGGGGUUGUUGCCGUCGCCUAUUCAUAGGAUCAAGGAUGAUCCCCCGCCGCCUCGUAGGCAGAGACACGGGAGGAUCAGGGCGCAGAGGGGGGGCGAGAGUGUGAAUGAUGUCGAACCAAAGGCUACGUUUCGGUGCAUUGUGCCUGGGUGUUCUUAUGGGCCCUAUAGGAGGAAUGAGCAUCUGAAGAGGCAUCUCAAGAACGAACACGGCAUCGGGGGAGAGAAAGAAGGCUGGGUGUGCGAGUUUUGCCCGCCGGAGAAGAGCAAAGACGGGCAGCCCAAGAGGUUUAACAGGCGGGACAACUGGAAGCAGCACAUCAGGCUGCACGCGAAGAGCAAGAGCAAGAACAGUCGGACCGAGUACAACCCGGAGGCGAUUAAGGUUUUUAACCGGGAGCAGGCGAGGAUUAAUAGCUCGAAGAAGUUCAAGAGUAGGGUGAUGGGGAAGGGGGUGGGUGGUAAUAAGAUGAGGGAUGAGAGUAUGGACUCGAUGGAUUCUGAUCUUUGAAACAACCACAACAACAACAAGGGCAAAAAAAGCA